AUGGCUGGAAACGGAUCCAGUUAUCAGAAGGAAGGGGUUCAAUAUGAGUCGAUCCCUACAAACGGCAAUGGAGGUGGAUCCAGUAGUAAUGGCGCUAAGAAGUGGAUUAUUGGAGCUGUAGUGGCUGUAAUUCUACUCGCCGUUGGGAAAUCUGCCUUCUACAAGACUCCCGGAGCAGCUACAGAUGCGGCAGUUGCCAAAGCUAACUUGCCUAAGAGCAAGACCGGAAAUCUGAAGUUGUUUGAUGAACAUCGCCGCUUCCUUAUGGAAGACUAUGAUGCUAGGUCCACCUUCGCUUCUUUUCUUCCCGGUGUCGCUGGAUACUUUGGUAAGCCUGUCUGGGCUUUCUACGUAAAUCGCGGACAAGCCAUUUCUACCUUUGGAACCACCUCGAAAGACUUUCCCAUUCUCGAGUUCAAUGCUGCUAACAAGGCGUAUCAAGUGACACCAUUCCUUGGUUUCCGAACAUUUGUCCGCGGAACUCGAACUGGAGCCCUUUCCACUUCCUUUGAUGUGGAACCCUUUGCUCCAGCGAAUUCACGCAACCUUUUGGACAAGGACGACAAUACCGACAAACCAAAGCGCAUCUUGUACGUUGGUACUAACGAAGUGGAAAUUCAAGAGAUCGAUGGAAUUCAUGGUUUGACCACCAACGUCAAAUACUUCAUCUUGCCCGAAGAAGAUUUUGCUUCUUUGAUUCGUCGAACUACACUCACGAACUCUGGAUCGGAUGCUGUUGAACUCGAAAUCUUGGAUGGUCUGGCAAAGAUUGAACCCAGUGGUGGAAAACUUGACUGGGGCUUGAAACAAAUGGGGCGUACUCUGGAAGGUUGGAUGGGAGUCUAUCAAGCCGAUGAAGAGUCCUUGACCAUGCCAUUUUACAAAAUGUCCACAGAACCAACCGAUGAGGCCAAAGUGAAAAUUGAGGAGCAUGGACACUACUGUAUUUCCUUCAUCGAAUCGCUCGAUGAAAGUGCAACCUUGCUCCCAAUUGUUUUUGACGUCGACAAGGUUUUCGGUCAGUCCACCUCCCUUGAAAAUCCAAACGGUUUGAUGGCAUCUAGUGUCGGGGAAAUCUUGGACAAUCCUCAAUAUGGAGAUGCCAAAACCAGUUCCGCUUUUGCGGCUGUGCGAAAGGUGACACUCAAGCCGGGCGAAAACGUGACCAUUGCUUCCGUCUACGGUAGAGCCGAUCAUAUUUCCGAGGUUCCAGAAUUGGCCCAAAUUGUCACAUCUCCUGGUUUCAUUAGCAAAAAGUCUGUACGUGCUCGCACGUUGAUCGACGAACUCACCGCAAGUGUGGAGACUACCACUGUCAAUCCUCUGUUCGAUGGUACUGUACAACAAAUGUUCUUGGAUAACUCUCUUCGUGGUGGUAUGCCAACUGUGCUUGGAAAUGUGGACUCCGAUGCUACUUAUGACGAAGACAGCGAGGUUAAGAUCUUCCACUCGUUCUCUCGUAUCCAUGGAGAUUUGGAACGUGACUACAAUGCCUUUAGCAUUGACCCUGCAUUCUUUUCGCAGGGGCCUGGAAACUACCGUGAUAUUGCGCAAAAUAGAAGAAACGAUGUAACAUUCGUUCCUCGUUCUGGUGCUUUCAAUAUUAAGAUGUUCCUUUCUUACAUUCAGGCAGAUGGGUACGAACCAUUGACAGUUGAAGCUGUUGUCUACCUGUUCCCUGAUGCAGAGAAGGCCAAAAAGGUUGCAAAAGAAGUUACCACUGAUGCAUCUAGUGCUAAAAUCUUGAGUGAAGUUCUCACGGGCGGUCCCUUUCGCCCUGGUCAGCUCUUCACGCUUUGUGAAAAGUUGAAUAUCAACCGAACCUUGGACAACGACGGCUUCAUCCAACCUAUUGUUGCGGCUGCUGAAGAUCGCGCCAUGGCAGUAUUUGGCCAAGGCUACUGGGCAGAUCACUGGGACUACUACAUUGAUUUGGUGGAGGCAUAUUUGGCCAUUUAUCCCGACAAGGAGGAGGAGCUGAUGUAUGACAACCAGCUUCGAUACUUUUUUUCAACUGCCACUGUGCAACCUCGUAGCAAAAAAUAUGUUUUGGACUACACAUUUGACGGAACCCACAAGCAUGUUAUCCAACUGGGCUCGACUUUUUUUGACCAGGAGAAGGUCCAAGAACAAGAAGCCUUCCGUGAUCAAAACACUGGUCUCCUCGGCAUUGACGCUAAUUGGCAGCGAGAUACCAAGGGGAAAGCGUUCACAAGUUCCCCAAUUGCAAAACUUUUCUUGCUCGGGGCUGUCAAGUUCGCUAUGCGCGACGCUUGGGGUAUGGGUAUUGAAUAUGAAGGCGGCCGUCCAGGUUGGCUAGAUAGUAUGAAUGGGCUUCCAGGUAUGGUUGGUAGCGGAAUGCCAGAGACACAUGAGCUCUAUUUGCUAUUGAAAUAUGUUAAGAGUGUUGUGGACAAGUAUGAUAGGGAUGUAGUGCUUCCUGUUGAACUUGGAACUAUGCUUGCCACGAUCGAGGAAGCCCUUGAUGAACUCGAAGCAACAGGAUACACUGAUCCUGAAGAUCUCCCAUUCGACGUUCCAGAGCCUCUCUUCAAGUAUUGGGAUGUUGUUGCUUCUGCUCGUGAGAACUAUAGAAAUGAUGUUCAAUACUACUUCUCUGGAAAGACACAAAGUUUUGAGGCCAAAAAGGUGUCAGCUAUGAUCAAACGUUGGUUGGCGGAAGUUGAAAAGGGAAUUGAUCGAUCUUUCAAAUUUGGAAGCAAGGGAGAUACAACUGGUAUUGCCCCAUCUUUUUUCUCGUAUGACGUCACUGACUGGGAAUUGAAUGGAAACAAGAACGACGUCGGUCUUGCGCUAGUCAACGCCAAGGCUAUGAAGGUUGGAAUCUUUCCUUUAUUCUUGGAAGGUCCAGUGCGAUACAUGAAGACUAUCCAAGACAAAGAAGAUUUGAUGACAGACACAUAUUUGAAGGUGUUCAAAUCAGGACUUCGAGACGAAGAAUUGAACAUGUACUACUUGUCUGCCAGUUUGGCUGGGGAGACUUUCGACAUGGGUCGUCAAAUUGCCUUUGCACCUGGCUGGCUUGAAAAUCAGUCCAUUUGGAUGCACAUGUCUUACAAGUAUUAUCUGCAACUUAUCCGAGGCAAAAUGUACACGGAAUUCUUUUCUGAGAUGAAGGGUGGUGGCAUCUUACCAUUCAUGGAUCCCACUAUUUAUGGUCGACCGCUAAUGGAAUGCUCUUCUUUCAUUGCCUCUUCUGCAUUCCCGGAUCCUGGACAACAUGGGCGAGGCUUCUUGGCUCGUCUCUCUGGUUCCACAGCUGAGUUCAUGGACAUGUGGAAGCUCAUGUUCAUUGGACCCAAACCUUUCUUUCUCAACGAGAAGAAUGAAGUGGAAAUGGAACUUGUUCCAGCUUUGCCGUCGUGGCUAUUCGAAGAUGAAUCAAGCGAUUCCGAUCCAAAUUUCGACGAGGACGGCAACCACAUCGUAAGCUUUAAGCUGUUUGCAGCCAUUCCUGUAACGUACCACAAUCCUGGAGCACGAGACCUCUUCGGUGAGCCACCGAAGAAAUACAAGGUUACGAAGAUUGAUGGUACCUCGAUUGAGGUAGAAGGAUCCACUAUCCCAACAAAGACAGCAUUGGAAAUUCGUCGCGUGUCGCAAGUGGAAUCUAUCGACGCAUACUUUUAA